UAGAUUGUAAACGAUUGGUACGAUUUAUCUUUAACAAAUUAUUAUAGUAAAAGUAAUGAUGAAUUAUUAAUAAUACUAUUUUAUAAAUAUAUAGUUGAUUUGGAGCAAGAGGAUAUCAUGGCGCUAACUUCGACUUUAUUUAAAUUGUACAAGAGGUUUAGUUUAAGAAAUAAAGAAAUAACAUCACGCUUUUGUAGUGCUGUACAGCAUGCAAACGAUGCUAACACUGUUCUGGCGGUGAGAGAAAAAAACAAAAUGGAAGUUUUAAAUCCUGCUGGUGAAGAUUUGUCGACCAUAACACCUCACUUUUCUAAUACUUUUAAUUUAGCAGCAUAUGUUAACCAAUCUGAAACAUUGAAAAAUUUAGUUGAUUUAAAUGUUAACAUAAGUAAAAUUGAAAAGAAACCUUACAUAGUUGAAAGAUUUUUGAAAUUAGAUUUUGAAAAGGAUAUCAAGAACCAUAUAAUAUUUCUCAAUAACUAUAUUGAUAUGGAAGAUAUAGGCAUUUUCUUAACAAAAAAUCCAAUGAUUCUCUGUGAACCAUUGCAAGACCUCCAAAUACGAGUUAAUUAUUUGUACGCCAAAAGUUUUGAAGAACGUCAAAUUCAGAGGAUUAUUAUGAAAAAUCCUUUCUGGUUGUUAUUUAGUACGAUAAGGAUAGACAAAAGAUUAGGAUUCUUUCAAGAAAGUCUUAACUUAUGUGGUAAGGAAGUAAGAGAUUUGGCAACCAAGCAACCUAAGCUAAUAACCUACAAUAUACAUAGUGUAAAAUGUAAUAUCUUUGUAAUAAAAGAGGAAAUGGGCUUUGAAGACACAGAAGUGAAAGAAUUAGUUUUACACAAACCAAAACUUUUAAUGUUGAAUCAGCGGUCUCUGUUUGAAAGAUUCAAUUACAUCCACAAUGUAAUGAAAAUUUCACAUCAAACAAUCAAACAAAACCCUGAAAUAUUAAUGUGUAGAAAGUUUAGAAUAAGACAAAGACAUUUAUUUUUAGAAAAAUUGGGCCGCUCGCAAUAUGAUCCAAAGAAAGAAAAUUAUAUUCCAAUUCAAUCUUUAGUUGAAGAUUCAGAUAUUAACUUUUGCAAAAAUGUUGCAAAAUGUGAUAUCAAUGACUUUAAUAGUUUUUUGAAGACUUUAUAAGUUAACCAGCCUUUCCUAAUACAAUUUUAUUAUGAAAUGCAUUUAAAGAGUGGUACAAAAAAGCAUCAAUAAUUCCUGCAACUGUGAAAACUCCACCAAUUAUAGCACAUAUAUUUGUUGCAAAAUGACCAAUAGACCUGAAAAAAAAGAGAUAUUGUUUAGUGUAUAAUAUGUGAAGCAAAUAAAUGUUUAUAUAUUAAGA